AUGAACAAUGAGGAGUACUGUAUCGGAUAUAAUUUCCUAGAAGCAUCUGAAUCAUUCCGAGAAGAUGGUCUCGAACCGAUCACUCUUCCAGUUCAUGGUACUCCAGAGAUGAUGGAAACGAUUGAGAAAAAACCGGCGAAUUGGGAUGGUCCCAUAUCUUUGGCAUUAUUUAUUGAUUUUCAUUCACAGAGAGCUUUAGAAUAUUCAUCAGAUGUGCAUCGAUGUGAUCAAGAAUUUAGGAGAAAGGUAACAGUACAUUUCGCCUUCCGUGUGUCUCCUUUUCAAGGAAAUUGCCCUCUCAUUAAUGUAACAUCUCAUCACCAAGAUUGCAAAGAAUUUCUCAAAAACCGUUCCAAAUAUCGAAAUGAGAUAGCUGGAUCAUUCCAGUUGUAUCCUAUCAAUCUGAUGAGAAACAUUGCGAGACGAGGAGCCAAAUCAGAUAUUCAUUUUAUUGCGGAUAUCGAUAUGAUAAUGAGUGAAGGAUUCGCGACGAAAGUGAAAAAGAUUUCGAAUGAAAUGAUUGACAGGAAAAAUAAAAAAGAUCCGACGGAGACACUUCGAAUAUACUGA